GACUCUCUCUCUCUCUCUCUCUCUCUCUCUCUCUCUCCUUCUUUCGCUCUCUCUCUCUCUCUUUCUAUCGCUGCACUGACCCUCGCUCACUUCCCUUCGCUUUCGUCGGGGAAAAAGAAAAGAAGAAGAAGAAGAAGAAGAAGAAGAAGAAGAGGCGGAACGGAACGGAACGGAAAGGAAAGGGAAGGGAUGUCGUCGGACUUCGGGAGCUCCAACAAGAUCCGCCGCAUUGUGACGAUCCGGCAGAUGCUGCGGCGGUGGCGCAGGAAGGCCGCGGCCCAGGCGGCGGCGGCGCCGCCCCCGGACGUCCCGGCGGGGCACGUGGCGGUGCUCGUGGGGGCCCGGUGCCGGAGGUACGUGGUGCCCGCGACGCACCUGAACCACCCCGUCUUCCGGCGGCUCCUGGUGCGCGCCGAGGAGGAGUACGGGUUCGCGAACCACGGCCCGCUCGCGAUCCCCUGCGACGAGGCGGCGUUCGAGGAGAUCCUCAUGGCGGUGUCCCGGGCCGAGGAGCUCCAGCGGUGCUGCCACGUGGGGCUCCGCGGCGGCCCCCACGGCGGCCUCUUGGGCGAGUCGAGGCCGCUGCUCAACGGCGUCGCGGACUGAGGUUUUGAGUUCCCGAGAGGCGCGUGGGCCUGAAUUUCUCGCCACGAUUUUUCCUUUUUUAAUAUUUUCUUCUUUCUUUUUUCCUCUUUUUUUUUUUCUUCUUCUAUUUUAGUAUGAUGGGCUUGUUGAGUAAUUUUUUGUUCUUCAUCAGAAGCUCCGGUAGGGAUUAGUUGACGAAAAAGGCUGAAGAGGGUCCAUCCAGAUCAGUGUUGUAAAUUCAGUGGUUGACUAAUUGUAGGAAAUCUCGGGAGAGUACCGAAAUUAGUUGAAGCAUUAAUUAUUAUGUUUUUAACCGUAGUUUGUUAUGUUCAUAAUCUUGGACUGUUGUCAUUUUAUUAAUUAUCGAAUUUUGGACCUGGAGGUUA